CGCCGUCUUCAACAAGUGAAGAUUCCGAUGAAAGUGACGAUGGGCAACUUUCUUCAAUUGGUUCAAGGGGUGAACAUAAUCCCGAUCCUGGUAAUAUUGGUGACAUUAUCGAACCAGCUGUUUUGAACGAACCAAUUAUUAACGAAGAAAAUAAUCCAGUGCCUGAAGGUAAUUUCAAUUACAAUAUCAAUAAUGAAGCCUUAAAUGAUCGUUUGAAUAUCGAAGAUGAAAUCCACUUUGGUGAUGCAAAUAAUGAAAACCGUCGGACAAGAUAUCUCUGGGAGAAUUUAAUCUUCUUUCCUCAGUCAAAUUUGAGCGUAAAAGAUGUGUUAGCUAUGACUAGAGGCUUUAGCCUCAGAUUUGGCCUUUCAUUGGAAGGUCGUUUAGCUUUAGUCAAUUUAUUGAAACUAUGCGCCGGUCCUGAUUUUGAUAAUUUAAACCUGUCAAAUUAUUUGAUUUCUCGCGUAUUUGAGCCUGAAGAAAAAAAAUUAACUUUCUGCUUUUACUGUCCCGAAUGUAAAGCAAAUUUAAUUUCAACCCACAAUAAGAAAAUGAACAACCCCGAUGGUCUUUGCGAUAAAUGCGGUUCAAGGUGUAACUUAUCCACAAUGAAGGGAAAAUAUAUUUUAAUGGUUGAUUUAAAAUAUCAAAUUGAAAAGUUGUUUAAGCUUGAUGAUGUAAAAACUGCAUUACUAGAUUUACAUAGGGGACAAAAUCGCGUUAUUUCAGAAAACAAUGUUAUUAGAGAUUUCCAGGACGGAUCAUUGUAUAAGAAUGUUAAUCCUGCGAACGCUAAUGAUAUUUUAACUUUGAAUGUCUUCUUCGACGGAGCAGUCAUGAAGCGAAGCGGUACUGAAAAUUUUUGGGCAGCUCUAAUUCAAAUGAAUGAAUUACCUAUCGCGCUUCGAAUGAAAUUUAUCAUAUUGUCAGGAUUAAUGAUGGUCUCUAAAGAACCUCAACCCGAUUUAAUGAAUACGUUCAUAGAGGAACUUAUAAAACAAAUUGAUUUGAUUAAUGAGAAUGGAGUUGAUCUAAAAAUUGGCGGUAUCACUUUAAAUUUUAAAUUCAAGAUUUUGUUUGUUGUGGCUGAUUCGGUUGCUCGCCCUAUACUUCAAUUUCGAAUUCAAUACAAUGGAUUUUUUGGAUGCAGUUGGUGUUACCAAAGAGGAAUAUACACCAACUAUGUUAGGUACCUCUUCGAUCCUGACUUUCAAAUUAAAACAUAUGAAUCACACAAAAGAGAUGUUGACUCUGUGCGCGCAAGGCAAGCAAGAGCAGUUAUUAGAAGUAUUAGGGAUUUACGCAAAACUUUUGUUAAUGGAGUAAAAGGCCGAUCUAGUUUUUUAAAUCUUAUUCAAUUUUUCGACAUGAUUUGGAGUUUUCCUUUGGAAUACAUGCAUUGCAUUCUUAUUGGAGUUGUACAACAUUUGUGGGAUUUAUGGAUUAAGCUUGGUUAUCUGUCACAGAAGGAUAUAGUAAAAAUUAAUGAACUUUUAAGUUCACUCGAAACGGUCCUCGAAAAUCACAGAGUAAUGCGAGAGUUUUCUUCCAAGGCCAAAUGGAAAGCCACCGAGUGGAGAUGUUGGCUUCUGUUUUUUGGCGUUCCCUGCUUUAGAAGAAUUUUACCAGAUAAAUGUCUUGAACAUUUCGCGCUACUCGUUAAUACUGUCUUCACUUUGUUAAAAACAGAAAUCACACCACAAGAACUUCUAAAAUGCGAAUUAGACAUGGUGCAAUUUGUUGGAGACUUUGAGGGUUUAUAUGGGAAAAAUUCAAUAACUUUCAACGUUCACAUUUUACUUCAUUUGGUUGAAUCUGUUCGUCGUUCAGGUCCUCUCUGGGUAACUUCCGCUUUUUGUUUCGAAAGUCAUUUACACGUUUUAAAGCAGUAUGUCUUAGGUCCUAAAAAACCGGAACAACAAAUGGCCACGAAAGCUCUCGAAAUUUUGGAUUAUAAAUUUCAAACGUCCACCGAGAUUUUCCAUUCAGAAGUUGCAAGGCAGUAUUGUGAACAAAUCUUCUCUGUUGCUCCGUUGUCACAAUUUGCGACAAGAACUCCUUAUGGCGUAACUUUUUUUGGGAGAAAUUCGCGAAUGGAAAUUGAGAAUCCAGUAAAUGGGGAACAAUUGGAAGGAUAUUCUUUCAAUAAAUGCAUUUAUAGAGGAGUUGUUUAUAAAAGUAUUAAUAAUACACUCUCUACUAAACGCAAUGACACCGUAUUUAUAUUGCGUUCUGGAGAUGUCAUUCAAAUUCAUGACAUUAUUCAAACAGCCGAAACAUGCUAUUUGUCAGUCGUUAAGUUCCGUGUAAUUCCAGAUAAACUCGUUGGGCACCUGUAUAAAAUUGAACAAAAAGAAAAUGAGACUCGCUUGAUCUCAAUAACAGAGGUUUCAGAAAAAUUAAUUUAUAUUCAUUGUGAAAAAUCCAGUUAUGUUUGUCGACUUCCGCAAAAUAUUGAAAUUCAAUAGAUGUGGUAUGCAAAAUUUAUUGUCUACAAUAAAAAAUCGAAAUAUUUCGAUUGAGACUCCAUAUUAUUUGGGAAAUGUAUUUUUACUUAUCAGUGUAAAAAUCUGUGUACGAUAAAAACAAAAAAUCUGUGCCGAAUAUUCUGCGUUGUACACAUAAUUUAUGUUCUAUGUAUAAUUCUUAAGACUGCGUGUAAAUAAAUAUUUAAUCUUUUCGUAGUAAAUAUAUCGGUUAAGAAAAGAAAAUAUGUCAUCGAAAUUGAUAUGAAAUACAAAA